AUGAAGGUUGCAACAGCGUUUGUCGUGUUGGCAGGGACUUGUCGAGCGUGCCACUCGUUUGUCGCUCUACCAUUGCGUUCUUUUUCCUCGUUGUUACCUCGGACUCCGAGAUUCGUGUCGACUUCGGAUGAGGCGCCCACGACAACCAGCAUUCCCCAUGAAGAGAAUCAACCAACGGGAGCACUGACUUCGGUCACAACCAAUGCCAUUGAAGAAGAAGCCAAAAAGGAAAAAAUGCUUUCCUUGCCGAAACAUUCACACGAUGGCGUGAAUGAGAUUUUGAUAAAGACUGAAGAAGUUCUUCGAGCUCUUCAAGACCAUGCAGAUUCGGUAGAAGAACUUGAAUCUUCCAAUGCAAACCCCCGAGCGCUACCUCCACAAGACGAAAGAAUAUAUGCGAAUGCAUACGUUGAUAUGUCCAAGGUUGAUGUGGUUGGGUUUGAUUACGAUUAUACCCUGGUCACAUACACGGAUGAACUUCUGGAGCUGAUUUAUGAAAUGGCUCUCUCCAAACUGGUCCAUGACUUUCAAUACCCAUCGGAAAUGCUGGAUGUUGGAUUGAAAUUUGACCCCCUUUUCAGCAUUCGAGGUCUAGCUGUCGACAAGGAAACUGGAUGGAUCUGCCAUUUGUCCUACACCCACAAAGUAUCGGUGGCUUGGGAAGGCCGCGAAAAGCUUCCAUCUUCUCGAAUCUAUCAGGAAUACAGAGGGAAACGGGGCAUGAGACCUUCCGAACGCAAGAAGAGACUCAAACCACUCAACGACUUGUUUUCCAUGGCAGAAUGCUGCCUCAUUGCCGACACUAUUCAGUUCUUCAAAGAUCGAGAUAUCCCCUUUUGUCCCAUGAACGCCGCCACGGACGUGCUGUCCGCCAUUCGAGAAACGCACAUCUCGGGAGACUUUCACAGGAUUGUUGCCGAAAACCCAGAGCAAUACUUUCUCCCAGCGCCCCAUAUCAAACAGGUUCUCAACAAUCUAAAGGAAGCAGGAAAGAGUCUCAUCUUUGUCAGCAAUUCGCCCUUCUGGUAUGUCGAUGCGGGGAUGAGAUACUUCAUGGGAGAAAACUGGAUGGAUUCAUGGGAUGCCGUCAUCACAAGUGCGGGCAAGCCGAGAUUCUACACCGACGAUGCCAGGCCUUUUCGUGAGGUGUCCCGCACCACAGGUCGAAUAAAAUUCAAGAAGGUAGACCAGUUUGAACCUGGCGAAGUUUACACUGAAGGUUGCCUCAAAGAACUCAUUCGGUUGAUGAAGUGGGGAGUAGUAAAUGGCUCCAAUGAGGACAACACGAAGAGUUCCCAGCUCUCACCAGAAAUGGCUGGAGCCACUACUUUGUCCACGUCACAAGUACUUUACAUUGGCGAUUCGCUGUUUGCAGAUUUGGUUGACGCUAAACGAGAAUUUGGGUGGACCACUGCAGCGGUGGCUCCUGAGGUGGGGUUUGAAAUGCACGCGGAAUCUACAACUUCCUUUGUUCAAACCCAAAGAAGCAUUGACUUGCUUGUGAACGCUCUUAGAUUGGUGCAGGAAGAACUGGGCCCAGUUGUAAGAACUCAGGAAGAUAAUGAGAUGUUGGACUGCAUGGAGAAAAUGGUGUCCAGGUGGCGUGACAAGGAAACUUCUUUGCUAGGAAAUUCCUUCGGAUCCAUCUUCCGGGCCCGUCAUCAGCCUUCCCUGUUUGCGCAUUCCCUGCGACGAUACUGUGAUCUGUACAUGAGCACCAUUAGCAAUCUACGCCACUACAGUCCACAGCAUCGGUUCUAUCCUGAGCAAGGAGCCCGAUUGUUGGCUCAUGAAAUCCAAGGGGGGACUGAUUGUUGGGAUUUGGAGGAUGUGCUGGGCUGUACUGUUCCUGAAGACAUGGCUUGA